AUGUCGAAUGAUGACAAGGACAUUCCGAACAGUAUGUAUUGGAUCCAUCCUCUGAAGGAGGACAACUGGAUGCUGUGGAAGAGGCGCAUGACUGCAUUCCUGGACCAGAAGAAGCUUCUCAGCUACGUCACCAGUGAGAUACAGAAACCGGAGCCGAGCGCUAAUCCGGAUACCAGAGAAGCACGCAAUGCUGAGAUUCAGAAGUGGGGUGAGAAGGAUCAGAGGGCGAGGAAUUUGAUCAUCAUGUGCCUGGACGAUGCACAGGUGAUCCAUACGGAAGGAGUGACAAUGGCGCAUCAUAUGUGGGAUCUGCUUCGCACAGUCAAGGAGCUGAAAGGACAACAUGGGAUUAUAGCAUUGAGUCGAGUUUUCUAUGAUUACCAUGCUGAUGAAGGCGUGAAUAUCCUGAAGCACAUCGCCAAGCUUCGGGAGAUACGCGAGCAAUUACAGACGAUGGGAAAGCAAAUAACGGAUGCAGAUUUUAAUGGGAUUCUCAUCAAGUCCCUGCCCAGCAGCUGGGACUCAUAUAUGGCAUCGUACACUGGCGCGAUGAGUUCUCAGCCAAACUCUCCGCCAAUGAUGGCACUGGAAUUGAUUGCUGUAGUCAUCGGCGAAUAUAGGUGCCGUCUCGACCGCGAUCAGCAUGUCGAGCCAGAGCAAGCGCUUACUGCCCAAAGCCAGAAGCGGAAGCGAGACUUGAUCAAGAAAUGUUCCAUCUGUCAUAAGAUGGGACACACGGCUAGGCUAAUGAAUGCUGAAACUGAGGCAAGCCCAUCUGUUGUUACGCGGCAGCAAAACACGAGCAUCUAG